GCCAGUGCGAAUGUGUGUGAGUAAAUUACUUUAAGCAUCUAGGUGCGUGAAAAGGAAUUCUAAUGAAACUGAUGCCUUCGAUUUGAUAAAAACGAAUUGCCCUGCCAAAAGCGUAGGCGAAGCAGUAGUUGGUAUAAAGGUUCAUGUAAUUUCUCUUCAAGUUAUCAGUGUUUGUACGGCACUGAACGGAGAGGUUUAGAGGGCAACUGAAGCUGUGUUUCUGUACCGCGAGUGAUCUGCUUGCAACAUUUGGAAGCGUUUCGGAAGGUGUUACGAAAAUGUCGAGUGGAAAAGGCAAGAUGGUGCUGCUGCUGGCAGUGAUUGUUGCAGCGGCCCUGAAAACAACUGUGGCCCAGGACUACUGCAAACCCGAUCUGUGCGAUCCGGGCAAUGAUCAUAUUGGGUGCAACAACCCGGGAGGCUUCACCAGCAACUGUCCGUCCGGGGCCAAGGUGAUCAAGAUGACCGACGAGCUGAAGAAGAUCAUCCUAGACGAGCACAACAAGUAUCGUAGCACCGUCGCCACCGGUGGCUUGAAGUGGCUGCCGAAGGCCAAGCAGAUGACCACGAUGACCUGGGACGACGAGCUGGCCAAGUUGGCCAAGCUGAAUGCAAAUCGGUGCGUGCAGAAGCAUGACGACUGCCACAACACUGCCAAGCAUCGGUACUCGGGCCAGAACCUGAAUCAUAUCAUGACCACCGCACCAUCGAUCGACAACAUCCCGCAGGUGAUCAAGGACCUGAUCUCGUCCUGGUGGGAUGAGCGUUUCGAUGUGAACUCGCGCAUGGUUAAGGCCAUGUACGAUCCGGGCAGACACACCAUGAUCUUCCACUUUGCCGUGAUGGCCGCGGAUAAGGCGAACAAGAUCGGAUGCGCCAUCAGCCAGUGGCCGGAGAAUGGCAACCCUUACAUGUAUCUGGUGUGCAACUAUUCCUUCACGGAUAUUGUCGGUCUGCCGAUGUACGCUCAGGGUGAACCGUGCUCUGGUUGUACCAAGGGCUGCAACUCCGCCUACGAAGGACUCUGCAACCCAGACGAACCAGUCUCGGUGCCGUACUAAUUGACACUGGCCAUACUGCCAGGCUAUAUCAAGGAACGGCGCGACAAUCACGAUCAAAUAUCUGCUCCAUAUUUUAUGGCAGCUCAAUAAAGGCAUAAUCAUUCAUCAGCACAUAA